GGAUUUACGUCAGAUACUUGACUGAUUGCCAAAAGCAAUGUUAUAGCUCCUAACACUAGUCCAAAUUUUUCAUUCGGCUAACAACAUAUUUCGGAACCUCUUUUUGUUGUAAAAUUAAAAUUUUUGUCGGGACUUUUGAUCGUCUAGUCCAAAUUGGAAGAUUCCGUUGAAGGCAACCGUUUAAGAUGUGCGAUCAGCCGCCGACGUGCCCCCCACCGCCGCGAUGCUGUCCGCCGCCACCGCCGCCGUGCAAGCCUCCGCCGACUCUGUGGCAGAAGCUGAACUGCGUUCCCUGCAACAGGUUCUUCUUCUUCCUGGUUGGAGCCGGGAUCGGGCUCUAUUGGGACAAGCUGAAGAAGGAUGCGGAAAAGGCCCGCGAAGAGGCUAACAAGUCGCCCAAGGAGAAGGAGAAGGACCGCAAGGAGCGGGAGAAGCAGCAGAAGGAGAAGGAGAAGGCCGAGAAGGAUAAGGCCGAAAAGGAGAAAAAAGAAAAGGAGAAGAAGGAGAAGGAGAGAAAGGAUAAAGAGAAGAAGGAGGCCGCCGGCAAGAAGGACGGCAAGAAGGAUGGCAAGGACGAUAAGAAGAAAUAAGGCACUACUACCAACUUUGAUCUAUGAGGCGCUCCAAAAUCGCCGUAAGAACCGCCAUGAUGAUGAUGUCACGACUAUUGUGUCCCUCCAACAUGCAAAAUUAUCAGUUAAAUUAAUCGAAGACCCAUAUAGUGCUGUACCAUGUUAGGAAAGUUCAUAAUACCCAAUUCCUAGUGUUUCCCAACCCGAUGACCCCCUCUCAAGGACGUGAUGGCUCGGAAAAGUUCUACUACACGGAGUUCGAAGCUGCGUGAACUUAAAUUCGAAACUGGGAUGAUAUUCAAUGAUUAUUAACCAAGGCUU